AUGAGUCGCGCGGAAGCUACCUGCGUCACCACUGGAGGGGAGAUCCGCGCCGUUGCUGCGGUUUAUGCCGCCGAAAUUGCUCUGCCGCCACUAGAAUUUCUGGUCGCUACCGUUUUGGUGAGCUUGCCCUAUUUCUGGUUCCUCCUAGUUCUGCCAAUUCAAUAUUACUCUGAAACUGUCAGUGAAACUGUUGUAUUUAAUGAAGUGGCUGUCAUAAGUUACGUUGUCGCUACCGGAGAAGCUGUUGUGGUCGCCGGAACCAUCACCGGAGCUUUUGCAGAGGUAGAAUUCGGUUUGUUUAUGCCGCUUGUAGCUGUUUCUGCUUUCGAGAGGGAGUUUCUGAUGCAGGUCGAGAGGCAGCUCGUUGAGCGUCUGGAGACCGUCCUUACAAGCAAAGAACUGUCUUUUGGGCUGGGUGCUCCAGACAAUAUCAUUGUAGCUCAGGAAGUUCUCCAUUUUAUGAAGAAAACUAAAUCAAAGAAAGGUGUUCUUACUUUUAAAAUUGACCUAGAAAAGGCUUAUGAUAGGGUGAGUUGGGAGUUUUUGGAGCAAUCUCUCCUAAUGUUUGGCUUUUCAGGUACUAUUGUUUCUGUUAUUAUGAAAUGUGUAAAGUCUUCCUCCCUUUCUCUAAUGUGGAAUAGUAACCGGUUGGAUGGUUUUCAGCCAAAGAGGGGUUUGAGGCAAGGAGACCCUAUGUCUCCUUAUUUAUUUGUUAUUUAUAUGGAGAGGUUGAGUUGCCUCAUUGCUAGGCAAGUGGAGGUUGGUAGAUGGAAACCAAUGACUGUGUCUAGGGGAGGUCCUAUAAUCUCCCAUCUCCUUUUUGCAAACGACCUUAUCCUUUUUUACAAAGCGAAGAAAUCUCAAGUGCUUCAUGUUUUGGACACUAUGGCCACCUUUUGCAGAGCAUCUGGUAUGAAGGUGAAUUUUGAGAAAUCUCGUGCUAUCUGUUCUAUAAAUGUUUCUAGACAACACAAGGAUCUCUUCACUGGUAUUUCUUCUAUCCGCUUUGCAAAUUCUCUGGGAAAAUACCUUGGUGUCCCCCUCAAGCAUGGUAGAGUUACUAAAGCUGAUUUUAAUGAUGUGGUUGAUAAGCUUACUAAUAGGCUAGCAUCUUGGAAAGGUCGCUUCCUUAAUAAAGCUGGUCGGAUUUGCCUUGCUAAAUCAGUUUUAUCUUCUAUACCUAUUUAUAGGAUGCAAGUAAGCCUUUUUCCAUCAGGAAAGCUAGUUUGGCAAAUUUUGAUGAAUCAAGAGAAACUGUGGGUCAAGAUUAUGCUUCAGAAAUACCUCCAGAAUAGAAACCUAUUUGCAAUUAAAGCAAUGGGUUCUUCAUCAUAUAUAUGGAAGCCUAUUGUGCACACAGCUUCCGUAUUAAAGGAAGGGUUUGUUUGGGAAGUGGGAGCUCUUUAUAAGAAUUUCUGGUUUGACUCUUGGUUGCACUCUGGGCCAGUAGGAGCGAGGGUUGAAUUUUUUGAUAUCUGUGAGGCUGCUUUGACCAUUGAAGAUGUUUACCGUGAUGGAGUUUGGAAUUUGGAGAGGAUUUACUCUUUUAUUCCUAGGGACUUAAGGAAAGAUAUUCUUAGUUUAGUACAUAUUUCGGCUUCUGGUCGUGAUUGGGUGGUGCGAUCAGUUUGGGUUUCUCUGGAUUUUUCUAAUGUGUGUUUCUUUGGCUCUCACGAGAUGUAUGAUUGGUUCAAGCAUGACCUCCUCAAUGAAGGUUGUUCCAAAUUUGUAGCUAUAAUAUGGUCAAUUUGGCAAGACAGAAAUAUUGGUAAUUUUCAGGGAGUUUUUGGAUCUCCUGGGUCAAUUGCAUACAAGGCUUGCAGAUGGAUGGUGGAUUUUGAAUAUACAACUCAGAAUCGAGUGUGUUGCAUCCAGGGAUUAAAAUCUCUGUCUUGGUCUCCGCCAGAACCUGGUGCUUGGAAGUUAAAUUGUGAUGGGAGUGUGAACUUGGGUGAUGAUUGUGCUGGUUUUGGGUGGGUAAUUCGCGAUAGCUCCAGUCAAUGGGUAAUGGGAUGCUCAGGAAACUCUUUUGGAUCUAAUGUCAUCAAGAUGGAGUUGUGGAGUAUAUGGAAAGGUUUGGCUUGGGCUUGGGAGGCGGGUCUUAAGCUUGUUGUCUAUGAGAUAGAUUGCGCAGCAGCUUUUGAGCUAGUGACUGGUUGGCAAGUUCCACUCUGCCAUCUUGAAAAAGAAGUGAUACAACUAAUCUUUGAGUUGAAGUUAAGAACGAAUUGGGAUAUUCAUUUUGAGCUUAUCCCGAGAGAAGCUAAUGUCGUGGCAGAUCGGUUGGCAAAGAUAGGAUCUGGAGGUAGCGGAGCUGAUGAGGUUCACCUUUGGCACCAGCCGCCAGAGGUGGUUUGUCCUCUCUUGCUGUUAUGA